AGAAGAAGAAAAAAAAUGGAUAACAUCGCUACAGUGAAAGAUGGGUUUAACCAAGUUGCUAAGAGACAAAAGCAUUACCACUCCACUUCCCAAGCUGUCACCGACCGAGCUUUCGAAGGAUUCGUGGAGUCACUGGUUCAGAUCCUAAGGAAAAACGACCCCAAGACGGUUCUCACCGAGCUGAAGCUGAAGCUUGGAUCUCUUUUACCGAUGGACCAGCUCCAAGAGUCACAAAAGGAAUGGAACACGAGUCUCGCCAAAUUUGAGAAAGCUCUCGGAAAAUCCGACCAGCCUGAUGAUAUGUUUCCAGCCUCCUCAAGAAGUAUUGAUUUGGAUCACGAGCUAGUGGACAAGAUGCUUGUCGAGUAUUUAUACCGACAAGGGUUGUUCGAAGUUGGAGAUUGUCUGGUUAAGGAAGCUCAAGUAGAAGCAGAGAACGAGGCUAAAGCUCUAUCUCUCGAACUCCACCGAAUAACCGAGCCACUGAAACAGAAAGACAUCGAGCCUGCGAUGCAAUGGAUCUCUGAGAACAGGGAAAAGCUGAAGCAACACGGUCAAGAACUGGAGCUGGAACUCGUGAGUCUGAAGUACUGGGAGAUGUUAAGACAAGGGAAGCGUUGUGAUGCCUUGAGGUUUGCAAGAGCUCACUUCCCGAAGUUUGCUACACUCCACUCUGGAAAGAUACAGAGGCUUAUAGUCGCUCUGUUAUGGAUUAAAGAUCUCGAGAAUUAUCCUCACGCAGAGGAGGAGCUGUGUUGGGACAAGACAAGCAAAGAGCUGACCAAGCGGUACCACCAUCUCCAUGACCAACCAUCUAGUUCUCCUUUAGCGGACGCGUUAUCAGCUGGUAUACAGAGCUUGCCUAAGCUUUUGAAGCUGGUUCGCGUGAUGGGUUUGAAGAAAGAAGAAUGGGGAGAGAUGAAACAGCUUCCGGUUGAUCUGGAGCUAGGGGAUGAGUUUCGGUUUCACUCUGUUUUUGUGUGUCCGGUUAGUAGAGAGCAGAGUGAUGAAUACAACCCGCCGAUGAUGAUGCCUUGUCGUCAUGUUCUUUGCAAGCAAACGAUCUCGAGACUCUCCAAGAGCUGUAGUACUCGGAGAUUCAAAUGCCCUUAUUGUACUUCACAGACCACAGCUUCUGCAUGCAGACAGUUAUACAUUUGAGAGACAGUUUGGUAACCUUGCUCAGACUCAUCAGAAGUAGAGUACUAUUCUUGUUUCAGCUCAAUAAGUUAGAAAUGAACAAAGACAUUGAUCUUCUCUUUUUAGUAUCUAGGGAAACUAGUUCACAAGAUAUGGAUUGUGGAACUCGGUAGCUAAGUUAGGGCAAUAAUCACGUGUAUUCUCUA